UUUUGAACCUGAAACCCCGGAAGCCAACUAGCUAUACCAUACCAGAGUACCAAACUACAAAUCACUGACACUAUGCAUCUGGACCUGGAAAAGAAAGUCGUUCUGGUGACCGGGGGCACGAAAGCCAUUGGCCGCGCAAUUGUCCACGGCUUCCUCGCCGAAGGCGCAACUGUAUACUUCUGCUCCCGCACCGCUUCAGACAUCAAUGCGGCCAACUCGCAGUUGCAAGUCGACUUCCCGUCCGCCAAAGCCGUUGGCGAGGUCGUGGAUGUCUCCAGCUCUAGCCAGCUUGGCAACUGGGUUUCGUCCUGCGCAUCUGUUGAGGGGAAGAUAGAUGUCAUCGUGGCCAACGUCUCGGCCAUCUCCAUUCCCGACACGGCCGAGUCAUGGCAGAAGACCUUUGACGUGGAUGUAAUGGGUACUUACCAUUUUAUCCAAUCUGCUCUGCCUCAUCUGGAGAGAACCAAGGGCGCUAUUGUUACCAUUGGUUCAGUCUCAGGGAGAGAUGUCGAUUUCAGCGCGCCUAGCCCGUACGGAGCCAUCAAGGCGGCGUUGAUUCACUACACGACACAGCUGGCGCACACACUGGCACCCAAGGGGGUCAGGGCAAAUAGUAUCAGCCCGGGAAACACAUAUGUGGAGGAUGGGGUGUAGGGUGGGAUCGAGAAAGGGAACGAGGAUCUGUUCAAGAGCCAGUUGGAGAAGAACGUUAUGGGGAGGAUGGCUAAACCGGAGGAGGUUGCGGAUGCGGUAGUGUGGAUUGCGAGUCAGAGAGCUAGUUUCGUGAGUGGUGCUAAUCUGAAUGUAGACGGGAGUCUAUGUACGGGCGUACAGUUCUAGGUAGAAUGUUAGCUGGGUGAAAGAGCCCUGGUGCGGCUUGGACCCCAUAACCCCA